UGAUAAAAAAGCGGUUUGGUGGCUUGGCUUUGCCUUUAGCGCAUGUAGAUCAGAGAUUGAUUAGUGAUUCCGUUUUCAUUUUUACGGAGCAAGUGAGCAAAAGAGAACUACGUUCUUCUGAUGAUUACCUUUCCAAGACAAAGAAAUCAUGCUGUCAUUGCAUCAAAUCCUUGAUGAUAGAUGAGCCUGUGACUACAUAGGGUGGUAACUAAAGAUUAACAAAUAGUACUUUCAAGGCUGGACAUUACUUCAUGUGGGUGCUUUUACUAAUGCUUUUUCGCCCUUCAUCUCAUUCUUUUGCAGAUGGUAUUCUACUCAAAGAAGUAAAUCGCCUUCUGCAUCCUAAUGGAUAUUUCGUCUACUCUGCUCCUCCUGCUUAUAUAAAGGAUAAAGAAUUCCCAAUGAUCCGGGAUAAGUUGGUCAAUUUGACUGGAGCAAUGUGCUGGAAACUCAUUGCAAAGAAAGUUCAAAAUGCAAUUUGGAUUAAACAGAAUGACCAGUCAUGUCUUCAACGUAAUGUGGAGGAGAAGCUCCUGAAUCUAUGUGAGACAACUGAUGAAUCAAAACCAUCAUGGAAUGUUCCGCUGCAAAACUGCAUAUCAUUAAGUAAUGCAGAAGCAGAUUCUGAAAAGCUCCCUCCCAGACCAGAACGCCUUUCAUUAUAUUCCAAAAGCCUCAGCAAGCUAGGUUUCAGUCAAGAAGAAUUUGCUUCUGACACCAUCUUUUGGCAAGAACAAGUUUGACGCUACUGUGAACAGA